UACACCAGCAGCAGUUCUGCUCUUCCUCUCCCCAGUCGUCACACCUCCAACACUACAAACCAAAUCUAACGGUCACAUUUCCGGUCCUCACUACUCAGUCCCGACACUGAACCAUCAAGCUGCCAUCAAACCUACAUAACUCCCACCAAACCAAACAUUAAACUUCCCAAAAUCUGUUAGUACUGCUAAGUCAUUUACAGAAAACCGUUUCCUUAUAACGGCUCCUGAGUUUUCUCUUCCACUUCUUCCAUUAAAUCUACAACUGAUUUUCUUCACCUUUUCUGUAGUACCAAAUAACAAAAGACUAUGGCUCUUGCUCUUGAAUUGCUUUACUUUGCUGCUCUCAGUUUUAUCACCUCCGCCACCAUUUGUGCCGCCCAGAAUGGUGGCGAUUCUUCCAGUGGGGCAGCUGUGGAACUGUGGUGUGUUGCCAAGAAUAACGCGGAGGAUGCCGCCCUUCAGAACGCGCUAGAUUGGGCAUGUGGGCAAGGUGGGGCAGACUGUUCCGCGAUCCAGCAAGGAGGGCCCUGCUAUGAUUCCUCAGAUAUUCAGAAAACAGCCUCUUUUGCCUUCAAUGAUUAUUUUCUCAAGCAUGGCUUAACUCAAGAUAGCUGUAAUUUUGAUAAUACUGCUGCUCUAACUUCUCUCAACCCCAGUCAUGGUAGUUGCAAAUUUCCAUCCAGCAAAACUGCUGGAAGUGGAAACUUUAUAGGAUCAGUUACUGGAGGACUAGGACCCUCUGCUGCAGAUAUCAGUAGCAGCAACUCUUUUCUAGAGAGAAGAUGGAUUUGGAGUUUGGUCAUCAUUCAUUUGGUAUACGCAAUCAUGCGGUCUCUAUGAGGGUAAAUGCUGAUUCUGCACUUCUGCAGAUAUGAGUAGUGGCAAGUUUCUUGCAGAGAGAUGGAAAUUGUUAAAUCAGUCCUUGCAACUACACUAGUUUUUUAGAGGGUGUAAUGUUUAUUCUGUUAUUUAAACAUGCAGUCUAGAAGUGCAACAAGAAAGCUAGUUUUUGUUUAGAAUGGCGUUAUGAUCUUGAUCUCUGAUCAAGAGUGCUUCCAUUAUGUUAAAUAUGAUGGAAUCACUGCAAUCACAAGUGUAAAAUCUUUCCAUGUUCCUCUUGGUUCAAUCAUUUUGAUUCAUUUUGCUGGACUAAAUGUUUAUCUGAACUGAACUUUCAAGUGCAA